AUUCGCCACUUGUCAGUAUUGUGUUCGUGUAACGAUACUUGCAUCGAGUCCGUUCCGCUAACGCUACCCCAAACGUCAGAAAUUUUCCCCAAAGCUAUCCGAUAAGCGGUAGCCGUCUGUUAGUAAUGGCGUCCGCUUCCUUCUCUUUCGUCGCGCCGCCGCUCGCAUCGGCCAACUCUCUCCUCCACGGCCGCGCUACCCUCGCGUUCCCAUCUUCCUCCCAUAGCGCUUCAUGGAGUUCGAGAAGGCGCCGCGGCCACCUCCGCCUUCUCGCCCAGGGUGCCGACCUCCUCGGCGACUUCGGCGCCCGCGACCCUUUCCCGGAGGAGAUCGAGAGCAACUUCUGCGAGAAGGUCCUCGGCAACACCGACACGAUGCACCGCAUCUUAAUCCCCAACAUAUCCGCCCUCUCCCUCGCCCAGAUGAGCUGCGAGCCCAUCUCUUCCUCUCAGCCUCCAAUCUCGACUGAAGACGCCGAGAAGCUCCUCAAGAAGGUGGUUGGCUGGAGGCUAGUGGAUGGUGAUGGAGGGAAAAGAAUCCACUGCCUAUGGAAGGUGAGAGAUUAUGGAUGUGGAGUGCAGCUUAUCACUAGGAUUUAUUGCGUUGCAGAAGUUGCAGGGCAUUUCCCUAAUCUUCAUUUGGAACAACCCAAUCAAGUUAGAGCAGAACUCUGGACAAAUUCAAUAGGUGGUUUGAGUAUGAAUGACUUUAUUGUAGCAGCUAGAAUAGAUCAGAUCAAGACACUAGAUCUUCUUCCAAAGAAGAGGAUAUGGGCAUAAUCAUGGAAUAUGCCAUCAUAUUCUCAGGAGUAUUUGACAAUUACAUUUUUCCUACAACAGCAACCAAUUAUGGAAGAUGUUUCAAUUCUUAUUAUUGUUCAAGAUUCUGCUCUGUUUCUGACGAGAUUCUUGAGUUCAAGCUUCAGCAUCUUUCAUGAUACCACUUCUAAUGUAAAUGACGGUCAACUGUUGCAUGAUAAAUUUGAUUUUAUGAAAUUCGAUAUGGUUGAAUCA